AUGUCGCCGCGCCUCCGAGGAGCGUCGGGCUACCGCGGCGUCCGCGAGUGCCCCAACGGCGAGUUCUACUCCGAGAUACGGUCCGGCCAACUCCGGCUCGGCCUCGGCACCUUCGAGACGGCGCACGAGGCCGCCCGCGCGUACGACGCAGCGGCGUGGCGCCUAGGCAGGCCGCGCCCGCAGAUGAACUUCCACGACGUCCACACGCUCCAGCAGGCGCUGGACGUCGCCCCGCCGCCUCGUGUUCGCACGGUCGGCAGCGCCGCCUCCUCGUCGCCCAUGAGGACGAGCGGGUCAUGGUGGAGUGGCGCCAGCGCCACCCGGAGGACGUCACCUACGAGCAAGCCUACUGGGCAUGGCGCCGCGAGGAGGAGACGCAAAGGCGCCGCGAUGAGCGGUUGGACAGGCGUCGACGGAAGGCCCUAG